GGACAGAGCCACCAUGCUUCACCUGUAGGAAAGCCAGCUAUAUCGAUGAUAUUAUUCUUUGCUCUUUGAGAUUACUCGCCUGAUUAAGUUGAUCAAGAGUUCGUGUACUCGUGGCUACACCGUUGUGGACGGUUAAGGUCGUGGUUAAGGCCUGUCAUCCGCUGAGAAUCCAGUGACUUUGGGUUUUGGUCAUCCUCGGACGACAACUGGAUGCACCACUUUUUGGGCUUCAAGGCUCUGAAUACUCGGCGCAGAUAUGCUGCACACCGUCUACCUGGCCAGUUUAUGUCAACGUCGCCGAUGGCCCGAGCCUGCUUAUGAUGUGUCCUACAGUCCAUCUGGCUACAGGUGCAUCGUCAGAGUGAACAACCGUGAAUAUCAGACUUCGGGUUAUCACUCGUCAGAAUCAUCUGCUAAGGAAGGAGCUGCUUUGAUUGCUUUCAACAUUUGCCGAAACUUUUCCGCCAACGACGGCAUGUACCCAACCGGCUUUGCUCAUGGAGGUGUGAUUCAGGGCAACCCGGUACCUGUGGGCUCCGGUCGCCACGCCCGAAGAAGUGACACAAGAUCAGACUACCGAUAUGGCGACACCGAUAGCUCUGGCAGCAGAAGUGGCGGCAGCAGCCCUGACUGGCGGGAGACUCGCCAGCCAGCCCAGAUGUCAACAAGCUACAGGAGUUCAUACUCCUCCUCGUCCUCGGAUUCUAGCCAUUACAGCAGGCGAGGAACCCAACGCUAUUAGCUGUUUCAGCUUCCAAAAUGAUUUGCCUCUCCGUAGCAGGAUUCGUGCAGGGACUUUCCACUGGCCGUUUCUUACGACUUUACGACUUACGAGACCAUGACGAUGACCAUGAAAGAGGAAGUUGUUCUCUUCUGACGAUUGAUAUGAAGCGCGACCUUGCAUCUCUUUCUCCAUUGCUUGCUGUGUUAGAUGAGAUGUAUGCAGGCAACUGUGUGGGUUUCUGUGCUUCAUGAUUUUCCAAGCAUAGCGGCGGGAGGUGGCUCUUCGAGCGUGGAUUGAUCAAGCAAGCGAGGAAAGGAUGUAUGAACGAUUUUCAUUACGAAAAAUGCUAGACCGACAAAAUCAUAGCCUACCCCGAUCAAUAAUUGAAGAAGACUUGA